AUGCAUCAAGCAAAAAGUUUUGAAAGUACAUUGACUGAUUAAAGACAGUCUUCAUCACCUAAAGGGAGACCUGCCAGAAAGCAACAAUCUACUCUGGAAAGGAUCUUGAAUAAACCUCAGAAAAAUAGAACUGAUGGAGAUCUGGAAAAACUAGUACCGCUUAUCAAAUAAAUCGAAUUUUUCAUUGAAAGAGAUGUUAAAGAUUCUGAUUUCACCGAUAUUGUCUCUUGCUUAACGUAUGAAUUUAAACCUUCAGGCAAAGACGUUUUUGAAUACGGUAUUAUUAUUUUCCGAUUAUUAUCUACUGCAUUAGGUUCGAUUGGUGAGAAAUUUUACAUUAUACUUCAAGGGACAGUGAGUGUCAUGAUACCAAACCCUGACAUUAAAGAUUUCAAAAAGAGAUAUGAAGAAUUCAUGUAUCAGAAGCAAAAGGGAACUGACAAGUCAUCAGAUAAAUCACAGUUAGAAUUACACCAUAGAGAUUAAAGGAAAAAUACUUUGAAAAUAGAGGAUGAAAGCAAGAUGCAGGAGAUGAAAUUAUUACUUAAGAAUAAGCAGCAAGAAUGGGCAAGCACAAUGAGACCCAGUGGUAUCAGCAAUGAUUCACUCUAAAAAUUUAACAUACAAGAGAACUAAAUUGAUCUCAGCAAAAAAAGCUAAGGAACAUUAGAGAUUGAUGGAGAGCUCAGCGAAACAUAUGAUUAAGAAAAUGAAGACUUGAUAAUUGAUAACUAAAACUCAAAGAUAGAAAUUGUAAUUAAUAAUGAAGAAAAGUAGCCAAGGAGUAGAAAUAGAUCAUUCAAGAAGGUUAAAUCAAUCAAGGAAGACCUCCCUCCUUUAUUUAGUGAAUUUACUUAACUAAAAGCAGGAAAGUCAUUCGGAGAAUUAGCGCUUAUUAAAAAUAAGCCAAGAGCUGCUACUAUAAAAUGCACUGAGGACUGUCACUUCGCAGUCAUGUCGAAAACCGAUUAUGAGAAAGUAUUGCAGAAGAUCGAGCUUAAGAAAAUGCAGAAAAUUAUAGAUUUUCUGCACCAACUGCCAUUUUUCAAAGUAUGGACGAAGACUUCAUUAGGUAAACUUCAUUAUUCCUUCGAAGAAAGAUUAUUCAAGAGAAACUAAGUUGUAUAUAGAGAAGGAGAUGCGUCAGAAAUGGUUUAUAUCAUUAAAAGCGGAGAGUUUGAGGUGACCAAGAGAUUCGUCAAGCAGACAGUUAGAGAAAUCGAUGUGACGUCAUAUAUAGGUCCUAAGGCAAAUUAGAAAAAUGAGCAGGAACUAAAUCUCAAUAGUGAGACCACUGAGGAUGACUCUUAUGAUAAAGUAGUUAAAAAUGGGAGAGAUAAAUCUCAAAAAGGCUCAAAGCAUUAAGUACCUUAAAUCUAGCUAGCAAGUAGACUGAGAAAUACUGAGACAUUCAAGAUUUUGUUGCUAGGACCAGGCUAAAUGUUUGGAGAGGAUGAUGUUGUCCACGAAAGACCAUAUUCGUAGACUAUAAUUUGCAGGUCAAAUACAGGAUUAACAUUUGCAAUGAGGGCUAACGAGUUUUUUAGAAAACUCAAGAGCAACGAAGAAUGCUGGAAAAUAAUCCUCAAUUAAGUGCUUUAGAAGGAUAACUAGAUGAGAAGUCGCAUGCUCAAAAUAGAUUAAGUCUUUCAUAAAGAAAUCACUAAUCCUAUUGUGGAUGGAAACAGCUCUCAAUCAAGAGCUAAAUAGGUAUAAUAUCCAAAUAUACUCUAAAAACAUAAUUUGAAAGUCACCUAAAAGAGACUCGAUGACUUUAGAGAAACAAUUGGAGAAAUAAUUAAGAAACAGAAGAACGAGGGUUUAAUUAUAGAUCCUAAUGAGUAGUAUGCAAGUAUUUUACAAAGCUAGAGUCCAGUUAGAAAAACAGAAUAAGAAUUAAAUGAUAGCAACCAAAGUCCAAGCAGCAAGACUAUAAAUAAAUCUACUUUCAUAGCAAAGCCUAAUAAAAUAAGUUUGGAUUAAUCACCUGAAAAGUAAUCUGUGAUUACCAUAAAAGAAACCAAGAAAUCAAGAAAUCAAUUGACUCCAGACAUAACGAGUAAAUAAACUGUAACUUCUUCAAACAACUUUAAGUACAUGUAAUCAAUCUACAAUGAAUUAAACACUAUCAGCAAUCCUAUUAUCUAGUAGAUUAAUCCAAAUAGCUCUUAGUACUAAGAAUCUAAUAUAAAGAUAGAGGACUAUGAUUAGAGAUAAGCAUGGACAUCCUAGAAUUACCGAACUCAAAUUAAUAGAACUAUGAGCGUUAACUCUAGGCCUAUCAAUGAACUUACAAGGCAAAGAAUAAUCAUGAUGAAAACUAGCCAACAGAAGUUUAGAGCAAAUUAGAUCAAUUAAAUAUUAGGGAGCUCUGCAAAGCUAGGAGGAGUGGUAGGUGGUGGACUAAGCUAAAUGAUGAGUGGCUUGUCUCCAAUGCGUUCUUAAGUUAUGAACCAUACUAUAAACUAUGAAGGUAGAAACUAGUAUAUGUCAGUAGCACACACUCUAAAGCCGACUAGUCAGAGUAUUCUAUCAAGCAUUGUAGCACCUCAUUUAUCUAAUUAAGUGCUUGCUCCUCAUAUAGCAUAGAAAAUCUAUCUCAAGAACAAGCUACUAUCCAUUUAAAGAGGUCUAACUGGAUCAAGCCUUGAAGAGAGCAAAAGUAGAAGCAGAAGUUUCAUGAACAAGAGAAUGAAUAGAUCAAGAUUGCAAUAAGAUCGAACGAAUUUGAACUAAACCAUAAAUGCUGGUUUUAUGCCUAACGCCUAUAUAUAGUUGAACAAAAGCAGCAGUGAUGUGCAUCAGGUAAGCACUGGAUCUACUGGCAUCCAGAAGUUUACAAAUGAACAAAUACAGCAGCAGCAUAUAGAAAUGCAGAAAUUAAAAGUAAAUACCCCUUCUACUUUAAUUAUAAAGCCAAUAAAGUUAGAGAAAAACUGUCUUCUCUGA